UUUUUAAUUCUAGAUUUGGAUAUCAAAACAUCAGGGACUGGCUGUGUGAAGAUUCAGAAAAUAGAAUGUGAUAACUGCAAAAUAGAAACAGAGAAGGGGACGAGUGUCUUGCAGUCAAUAAAGAGCCAUAAAAUUGAUAUAAGGACAAAUGGUGGCAAAGUAAUUGGUCUUGGAACACUUUAUGGCAACACAGAUAUUUGUGCAACAGAAAAGGGGAGUGUAAAUAUAGAGAAGCUGCAGGGGACAACCAUCAAUAUAUCCACUGAAGAUGGGCUGCUGAAAACUAAAUAUCUCUAUGCAGAAUCAGCAUCUCUCUCCUCAGAAUCUGGUGAUAUUAUGCUGGGAAGUGUUCAUGGUAAUACCAACCUUCAGACGAAAAGAGGGAGUAUCACAGUAGAUUCAUCAGAUGGAAGUCUAAAAGCUUCUACAUAUCAUGGGACAAUAGAUGUUUAUGUCAGUCAAUUAAGAAAAGUGGAUCUGAAAUCCCAGAAAGGUUCAAUUACAGUCAAGGUACCUGCAUCUCUCAAAGCCUAUUUAGAGCUGUCUGGAAGAAAAGUGGAUGUGAGCUCAGAGAUCCAGUUAAAAGAAACACAGAGUGCCUCCAAAGAUGAUCAUGUAACUCUAAGUGGUCACAUGAAUCAAAGGGAUGAAACAGACAAAUGGAUUAAGGCUGACACACAAAAUGGCAAAGUGUGUCUUAAAAGCCAAAGCUGGAUCCAGUCUGUCAAGCUGAAGAGUUCUUAAAGGUGAAAUAGGCCAAAGAGAUUAAAUCAAGAAACUACAAAAUUUCUGUAAAAUUAUGAAAAGUUUUGGAUGAAUAUUCUUAAUAUAAAAGAGAAACUAUUAAAAAUGAGAGAAUUUUAACCCAAGAUUUGCCUGUGACAGUGCUGGUGCUAAACAGUCUGGUUUACUUUUAGUGCCUUUUAGGAACAGGAUGAUCUUAUAUAUUCAGAAUUCAUAUAAUUUGACCCACUUACCCUAUCAGUUUAAAAGCUGAUAGCUCUCAAACAGAAGUUUGUUGUUUUUUAAAAAUGUAAAAAAGCAUUUUCAACACUUCCAAGAUGCCAUGCUUUGCAAGCUCUGUUGUACUUUUAAAUUAAAUGUCCCAAUACUGUGGAAAUUCUGCUGGUUUAUGCAAAAUGCAGAGAAUUUUCUUCAACCAAAUUGUAUCAUGGACAGGAAAAAAUCACUUUCAGUGUGGUUCUUAUGUGGUCUUCUCAUUUGGUGUUUGAACCCUGAGCAGUUUCUGCCUGGCUGAUGGGUACUCUCUGUGUAAAAAUACUUCUGUGAAAUGGCAGAACUUGCUCUGUGUCAUCCUGAACCUCUGGUUUGUGGAUAGAAGGAAGAACUCCAGCUCUGUCUACCACUGCUCACCUGCAAAGAAAAGCUUUUAAAUAAACAAAAGUACCAUG